AAUGAAAGUAGCAAAACACAAACACAUGAUCAUUAAGUACCAGCGGAAUUGGUAAAGCUAAUUCCACCUUUAAUAUAUAAGAGCAAGGCAAAGAUUAUUGGGAGAAUUUACGGAAUAUAUGGCUCAGGUACAUGAUGAUCAAGAAGAUCAGGCGGUGCAACCUCCAGUUUCAAACGGCGUGGUCAGCAAGGGAGUGGACCGGCCGUACCAGCGGACGUUUUUGUACGUCGAAAAUCUUGACCAGAACGUAUUCGACGCGCACCUCUACGACUUGUUUAUGCAUGUGGGUAUGCUGGAUUCGGUCUGGGUCGAGGUCCGGAGGUCUCUCGGCUACGGGUACGUCAAAUACAACGACAACCAAGACGCGUUACGGGCAUUUGCUACUUUGAAUGAUACUCCUCUUCUUGGCAAGCGGAUCAGAAUUAUGUAUUAUCAUGGUGUUGGGAGCUAUUCUGCUAAAAAUGCUAUUGAAAAGCUGAAUGGCAUGCUAUUGAAGGACAAACAAGUUUUUGUUAGACCCUUUCUACGUAAGUACGAAAGAGAUUCUGCUUCAGAUAGGAACAGAUUUAACAAUGUCUAUGUGAAAAAUCUUUCUGAAUCGACAACUGAGGAAGAGCUGAAGGAAGUCUUUGGUGAUUUUGGAACUAUUACCAGCGUUGUAGUUAUGAGAGAUGAAGAUGGAAAAUCCAAGUGUUUUGAAUUUGUCAACUUGGAAGACUCUGAGGAUGCAGCUCGAUCUGUUGAGGCCCUUAAUGGGAAGAAGUUUGAAGCUAAGGAGUGGUAUGUUGGGAAUGCCCAGAAAAAGUCUGAAAGAGGGACUUAUUUGAAAGGGGGAAUCGAGCAAAAGUACUUGCAGGAGAAGGUUGACAACGUAGAUGUUAACAAAGGACUCAAUUUAUUUGUUAAAAACCUAGAUGAUAGCAUCAGUACUGAUGAUAAGCUAAGCGAAUUGUUCUCAGAAUUCGGUACGAUUACUUCAUGCAAGAUCUUGUGUGACUAUAAUGGUAUAAUUAGACGAUCGAGAUUUGUUGCUUUCUCGACUGCUGAAGAAUCGUCUCGAGCUCUCUUGGAAAUGAAUGGCAAAACGGUUGUCAGCAAAGCACUGUAUGUGGCACUUACACAACAUAGAGAAGAUGGAAGUGCAAAGUUGCAGGUAGUUAUUUUAGUUUUUAAUUGUUAUUGUUGUUUUUUCAUUAAUGUUUAG